AUGGUAGAAAUAAUGCGAUACCUAACGAAUGUGUGUUUAAAUAACAAUUUGUCCGCGAGAGUACUGUCCUCCGUGUCCUCUCCUGUACCUCUCAUAUGGUUCCGCCGUUCUCUCCCCGACCUGACACAUUCUCUUACACUUCUCUUACCCCUUUUGAUGGCCGUCUAUCCUCUUAGUUUCGCAUCAUUCUCAUCCCCACUCUUUUCUACUGCACAACUCUCCUCUCUUAUGCUGUUUGCUUGCCUGUUGCAACGUCAUUUGCUUCUUCGCUUCACCUCGCCGCUCGCCCACCACUUCCCCGCCCAUCACCCGCCCACAUGCCCCGCCCACUUGCCCGGCCCCACGUGCCCGCCCACUGCCCGCCCAACUGCCCGCCCAUCGCCCGCCCACUCGCCCGCCACUCGCCCGCCCACUCGCCGACCACUCGCCCGACCACUCCGCCCGCCCACUCGCCCGCCCAGCAGUCUUCUUCCCCUGUCACCUACUUGUCCGCUCGCAGUCAUCAGGCCUAUUGGCUUCUCACCUAGAGUCCUGUAUUUUCGCACCGCCCUCGUCACUUCAUGUUUUUGUACUUGCCCGCCACUGGCCACCCCUAGAGUGGAACGUCUGUACGUGUUGUACAAUGAACUUUGGUGGUAUGAUCACAUUAAAGUGCUUCAAAUUUUUUUUUGUGAUGUACUAAUCAUCAAAACAUGGUUAGAAAAUCUUUAUUGUGAAAUGCAACAUGAAAAGAAAGGCAAAAUGUCGGCGGCCGCGAGCAACGGGCCUCACAGCGGGAAGCCGCCUGAGAAGUCAGCCGUCAACGUCGCCUCCAACAGGAUGGCGCGCGGGGAAGCACUGUCUGGGGCGGAGUGGACGGAUGAGGCGAGCGGAGGGGGCGGGGCCGCCCCGCCGCGCUACAGCUUCAAGGUGGGAAUCUACGGGUGGCGCAAGCGCUGCCUCUACCUGCUCAUCCUCGGCCUCCUCGUCAUGGUCAUCGUCAACCUCGCGCUCACGCUCUGGGAGGGCAUGGGGCAGCUGCGCAUCGUGGCGGGCGGCGUGCAGCUGCGCGGGCAGGCGCUGGUGCUGGACGCGCUGCUCGCCUCGUCCAUCCGCUCGCGCUACGGGCAGCCGCUGGUGCUCGAGUCCUCGCGCAACUUCACCGUCAACGCGCGCGGCCCCGACGGACGCGUCGCCGGACGAAUCUUCCUGGGCGGGGACCGCGUGGACUGCCUGUCGCGCAGCUUCCGCGUGACGGACGCCAGGGGCGCCACGCUCUUCUCGGCCGACAGCCGCGAGGUGGUGGUGGGGGCGGAGGCCCUGCGCGUCACCGGUGAAGGAGGCGCGAUAUUUGAUGGAACUGUACAGACACCGCUUGUCAAAGCUGAUUCAGGAAAUGAGCUCAGGUUGGAGUCGCCGACGCGGUCGCUGGAGGUGCGGGCGCCGCUGGGCGUGGCCAUCGAGUCGCGGGCGGGCUCUAUCAGCGCGUCCUGUCUCGCCGACCUCAAGCUGCAGUCACUUGCCGGCGCGCUGAUUAGAUGA